AUUGUGAAUCUUCACUACAUGCUUACUAAAGCUGUUGUCAAGUCAAGGCCAAGUGUUCUAUGGUGCUACAAGGACAAACUUGAACUUAGCAGUCACAAGAAAAAACGUGCGAAACAAGUCAAAAAGUUAAUGCAGAGGGGACUAUUAGAUCCUGAGAAGGUUGAUCCUUUUUCACUUUUUGUUGAAACUGGAGGAAUUACAUACUGCCUGUACAAAGAUUCAGAAAGAGUUCUCGGAAAUACUUUUGGCAUGUGUAUACUACAGGAUUUUGAGGCUUUGACACCAAAUCUCCUUGCAAGAACGAUUGAAACAGUGGAGGGGGGUGGAUUAAUUAUACUGCUACUUCGUUCUUUAUCCUCACUCACAAGUCUGUGCACCAUGGUUAUGGAUGUUCAUGAGAGGUUUCGUACAGAAUCCCAUUCUGAGGCUACUGGACGUUUUAAUGAACGUUUCUUACUGUCGAUUGCUUCAUGUAAAGCAUGUGUAGUUAUGGAUGAUGAACUGAAUAUUCUACCGAUUUCUUCUCAUAUGAAGUCAAUUAAACCAUUUUCAGUCAAUGAGGACUCUGAGGGUCUCUCGGAAGCGGAGCGUGAUCUGAAGAAUCUGAAAGAGCAACUAAAUGAUGAUUUUCCUGUUGGUCCUUUAAUUAGAAAGUGUUGCACAUUGGACCAGGGAAAAGCUGUCAUUACAUUUCUUGAUGCAAUUUUGGAUAAGACACUUCGUAGCACAGUUGCUUUGCUUGCUAGUCGUGGCCGUGGCAAGUCAGCUGCACUAGGUCUAGCAAUUUCUGGAGCUAUUGCUGCAGGGUAUUCAAAUAUCUUUGUAACUGCACCCAGCCCCGAGAACUUGAAAACUUUGUUCGAGUUUGUAUGCAAGGGAUUUAAUGCACUUGAAUAUAAGGAACACUUAGACUACGAUGUGGUGAAAAGUACCAAUCCAGAGUUCAAGAAGUCAACUGUGCGAAUCAAUAUUUAUAAGCAACACAGACAAACAAUUCAGUAUAUACAGCCUCAUGAACAUGAAAAACUGUCCCAAGUUGAACUUUUGGUUGUUGAUGAAGCAGCAGCCAUUCCAUUGCCAGUUGUGAAGUCCUUGCUUGGCCCGUAUCUGGUCUUCCUUUCAUCUACUGUUAAUGGCUAUGAAGGUACUGGUCGGUCUUUAUCAUUAAAACUUUUGCAGCAAUUGGAGGAGCAGAGUCAGAUGUCAACCAAAAGUGUGGAGGGCUCCCUCUCUGGUCGCCUUUUCAAGAAGAUAGAAUUGAGUGAAUCUAUCAGAUAUGCAUCUGGAGAUCCAAUUGAAUCCUGGCUUCAUUCUUUGCUUUGUUUGGAUGUUACAAAUUUCAUUCCUAAUAUCAACAGGUUACCUUCACCUAGUGAGUGUGAUCUCUACUAUGUUAAUCGGGAUACACUUUUCUCCUAUCACAAAGAUAGCGAGUUAUUUUUGCAGCGUAUGAUGGCCCUGUAUGUUGCUUCGCACUACAAAAAUUCUCCAAAUGAUCUACAAUUAAUGGCGGAUGCUCCAGCGCAUCACUUAUUUGUGUUACUUGGUCCUGUUGAUGAGUCCAAAAAUCACCUCCCUGAUAUUCUCUGUGUCAUCCAGGUCUGCCUUGAAGGGCAGAUUUCUCGUAGAUCUGCCAUGAAAAGUUUGAGUGAUGGUCAUCAGCCCUUUGGAGACCAAAUACCAUGGAAAUUCUGUGAACAGUUUCAGGAUACAGUUUUUCCAACUCUUUCUGGUGCUCGCAUUGUGCGCAUUGCUACUCAUCCAAGUGCAAUGAGGCUUGGAUAUGGUUCAACUGCAGUGGAACUUUUGACAAGGUACUUUGAAGGACAGUUGACGCCUAUUUCUGAAGUAGAUGUUGAAAAUGCUUCUGAGUCUCCAAAUGUUAGAGUUACAGAGGCAGCAGAAAAGGUUUCCUUGUUAGAAGAAAAUAUUAAACCAAGGACAGACCUUCCACCUCUGCUUGUUCAUCUUCACGAACAGCAGUCUGAAAAGCUUCAUUACAUUGGUGUCUCAUUCGGGCUUACCCAGGACCUUUUCCGUUUUUGGAGGAAACUCAAAUUUGCUCCAUUCUACAUUAGCCAGAUUCCAAAUGCUGUGACCGGUGAGCAUACAUGCAUGGUUCUAAAACCAUUGAACAAUGACGAUGUUGAAUCCAGUGGUUUAGACCAAUGGGGCUUCUUUGGUCCUUUUUACCAGGAUUUCAGGCAGAGAUUUAUUGGACUAUUGCAAUAUUCUUUCCGUGAUAUGGAGUACAAGCUUGCCAUGAGUGUCUUGGAUCCAAAGAUCAGCUUUGCAGAGCUGGAGCCUGCAUUGUCCACCACUUCAAAUGGAUUGUUGAAGUCGCUUAAUGAAAUUAUGACACCUCAUGACAUGAAACGACUUGAAGCUUACACAAACAAUCUUGCUGAUUUUCGUUUGAUUUUGGAUCUCGUAGCAAACCUUUCACUUCAAUAUUUUCGGGAGAAAAUUCCGGUCACACUGUCAUAUACCCAGGCGUCUGUCUUACUCUGCAUUGGUUUGCAGCAUCAUCAUGACAUCUCUUACAUUGAGGGAGCGAUGAAGUUGGAAAGGCAGCAGAUAUUGUCACUGUUCAUUAAAGUUAUGAAGAAGUUCUAUAAAUACCUAUAUGAUAUUGCAGCCAAGGAGAUUGAUUCAGUCCAAUCUCGACUGAGAGAAAUUGUGAUGGAACCUCAUGCUGUUUCUGUGGAUGAGGAUCUCAAUGAAGCAGCACAGCAAGUUGAGGAGGGGAUGAAAGCCAAGAUGGAUGGUAUGUUAAACCCAGAGUUACUCCAACAGUAUGCCAUUGCGGACAGAGAAGCUGAUUUUGAGAAGGCACUGCAAAAUGGUGGUGGGAAGAUAGCCUCGGGUGGUCUGAUUAGUGUGAAAUCCAGUAAAAAAAAGGCGGAAAAGCAUGGGAAACAGAAAGAGGGCCAUAAUAGUGGGAAGAAAAGAGACAAGGAAGAUGGUGGUAGUUCCAAAUCAAAUAAGAAGAGGAAAUCAUAAAAUUACAUUUAGUCGAUGGAAUCAGACCUAUUAGAUGAUUAACUGUUUGCUUUUUUGCUUACGAAGGAGGCUGAAAAGCGUAAUUUUAAGGUGCUUAUAUAUUUGGUUUCCCCACCCAAUUAUAUAUAUUGGAUUAUAAUUAUGGUUUGUCAGUUUAGCAUAUAGGGUGUGAUACACAAUUUUGGCAUUGGCACGGCAUGGUUGUUUUUUAUUUUUAUUUUUACAUUAACAUAAUUAAUUUUCAUCUUAAAAUUUUCUAUGCCAAGGAUAUUCUUUUUGUGAA